AUGCCUCUUAUUGCUCAGAACCCCCUUCCUCGCGUCAUCCUCGGUCUUAUGACCUUUGGGCCUACUGCGGAAAAGGGUGCUCGCAUUACCUCGCUGAAUGAAUACAAUAAGUGUCUCGAUUAUCUACAACAGCAGGGAUUCAAUGAGAUCGAUACUGCUCGAAUCUAUGUCGAUGGUGAACAGGAAGCCUGGACAGCAAAGGCAGGUUGGAAAGACCGUGGUUUGUCUGUUGCCACAAAAUGGUAUCCUAAAACUCCUGGCUUCCACAAGCCUGAUGUCCUGCGUGAGAACCUCGAGAAGUCUCUCAAGGAGUUGAACACCAAUCAGGUCGAUAUCUUCUACCUCCACGCGCCCGAUCGCUCAGUUCCAUUCUCGGAAACUCUUGAGGAGGUCAAUAAGCUGCAUAAAGAGGGGAAGUUCGUCAACUUGGGUCUCAGUAAUUACACAGCAUUUGAGGUAGCCGAGAUUGUUACUCUUUGUGCUGCGAAGGGUUGGGUUCGUCCCACCAUUUAUCAGGCCAUGUACAAUGCCAUCACUCGCAAUAUUGAGGUGGAAUUGGUUCAUGCCUGCCGCCGCUAUGGCCUAGACAUUGUUGUCUACAACCCACUAGCCGGUGGUCUUUUCUCCGGCAAAUACAAGACAAAAGAUAUUCCCGAAGAAGGUCGCUUUAGUGCUAAGAAUCCUGCUGGAACCCUUUCCCGCAAUCGCUACUUUAAGGAUGCAAACUUCGAAGCCCUCAGCAUUAUCGAGCCUGUGGUUGAAAAACACGGAUUAACAUUGAUUGAGACUGCUCUUCGUUGGCUCCACCACCACUCAGCUCUCAAGGUUGGUAAUGGUGGCCGGGAUGGUAUCAUCCUCGGCGUUAGCAGCUUCUCUCAACUGGAAUCGAAUAUCCGUGAUGUGCAGAAGGGCCCUCUCCCUGAGGACGUUGUGGAGGCACUUGAGAAGGCGUGGUUAAUUGCUAAGCCAUACUCUCCAGUUUACUGGCAUCUCGAUUUAAAGUACACCUACAAUACCCAGGAGGCCUUGUUCAAGCCUAAGGCUUAG